GGGGCGCGGGGCCCGGAGCAGGGGAGCCCUCCGGGGAGCCCCACCAGGGCCGCGAGGCGGGGGCGCCGUCUCUCGCCGCCCCAUGACUGGUCCCCGAGCCCGGCGGAGGAGGCGGGACCGUCCGCAGCGGGACAGGUUCUGUGAGAAUUGCUCAGCUGGCCCAGGCUCACCUCCUCAGCAGCUGUCCCCAGAACCAUGGAGAGCCUGAGUGAACUACAGAACCCUCUGCUGUCCAGGAGCCCUGGCCCCCUCCAUGGUCCCUAUUCCUACCCCGAGACCCCACCCGGCUGGUCCUGCCAGGAGAAGCUCUACUCCUACCUCCUGAGUGGUGCUGGCCCUGCACACACCCACCAGCUCCUGGACCCAGGGUCCCUGCAGCUGGCUGUGGAGGCCUGGUACCGGCCCAGCUGCCUAUUGGGGAAGGACAAAGUCAAGGAGCCUGGGGCAGGCAGCUGUGAGACCAGCUUUACGGAGGCCAGGGAGCCCCUAGCAGGACCCACAGAGCAGUGCACAGAACCUACCCAAGCUAAGGAGGAUGUCACCAUCCAGACUGUGUCCUACGGGGUUCAAGAGGAGCUGCAGGGCCAGGAGGAUGACCAGGAGGAGGAGAGUGAUGCAACAUCCACAGAGAGUGAAAGUGAAGACAACUUUCUCACGCUGCCCCCCAGGGACCACCUGGGUCUCACCCUCUUCUCCAUGCUCUGCUGCUUCUGGCCACUGGGCAUCGCUGCCUUCUACUUCUCCCAGGGGACCAGCAAGGCCAUCUCCAAAGGAGACUUCCGCCUGGCCAGCACCACCUCCCGCCGGGCCCUCUUUCUGGCUACACUCUCCAUAGCAGUGGGGGCCGGUCUCUAUGUGGCUGUGGUAGUGGCUCUGGCAGCUUACAUGUCCCAGAAUGGCCAUGGCUAGCAGCUGCUGAUAUGGCCUGCAUCCUGAUUGCCCUAGGCUACUGGAGAAGCGGUGGGGCUUGGGGCUGCAGACUCCAUGGAGCAUGCUAGGCCCUGGAGAAAACCCAUGGGAGUGGCUUGUCAGGGGUCAGGGCUCCCAGCCUGCAGCCUGCAGAGCUCAACCUUCCCUUCUUCUCAACAGAGCAAACCAGGGGCACCACUCUCUGACCCAGGCUACAGAGUGGAAGCAGGAGAGACAGGGCUGCCCACCAGGCCAUUCUACAGCGCCUAGCCCAGCCUGUUCUGGCCAGUCCUUACAGGGGCUCCCACCCUGUCAGUAGCCCACUACCCACUUUCUCCCUAGAGAAAGAGCAGGAGGUUCCAGGAAAGGAGAGAGGUGCCAGUGGGUAGAGCUUUGCCCCAGCCCUUCCACCCAUAAGGUCUUCAUCUGGAGACAGUCUGAACAGUUCAGCUCUACUCUCUGACCCCGUGAUGCCCAUGGUGCCCAAAGCCAGCCAGUCAGGAAGGAAAUACACUGAGACACAUGCAUCUCUGCUCUUUCCGAUUCUAGGGGCUGCUUAUCUCCCCUGUGGGCAGGUAACAUAGAUCCUUGAUAGAGAAGAGGAGUCUCAGUAUGUAAACUCUGCAUCAAGGAGGGCAGGUUCCUGGGGCUCCCCUGGGGGGGAAUAAAGGGCAGUGAUGACAGAGGUCAGAGGGCCCUGAAUCCUGCUGGGGCCUCAUGGGCCCCCCCACCCCCACAUCCUUUCUGGCCUCUGCCCUGGAGCCCUACGCUGGUGCCCACCUACCCCAGGGAGACUGAGAGUGCCAGCAGCCCUGAACCACUGAACAGAUGCAGGGCCUAGGUCCAGCCCUGUGGGAAAGGCAGUGAACAGAGUCUGAGGGGAAGGAAACAGGCAGCUUAGGCUGCCUGCCAGAGGAGGUGUCCCCUGAUCAUGGCCUAGAAGAAUGAGUGGGAUCCAUUUACAGGAUUUGUUUCCACACAACCCCUUGUGUUGGUAGGCAGAGCAGGAGGCAAGGGCCUCCUGGGUUGGGGGGGGGGCGGUCCAAGCUAUUUGGAUUCUGCCUGGAGCAUCCAGGAUGGAGCAAAAUUACAGCCACUUAUGAGUGCUCCACCAACACAAGGAGGAAGGUAGAGCCUGAGUCUCAAAGUCAGUAAUGUUUUCCAUCUCUGAACGUUUGGGGGUUGGUGAUAGCAAUUGACCAGCCCUGGGGCUUCUCCACUCAGGUCUGCUCACAGCCCCACAGCCUUAAGGCAACGUCAAGAACUUUAGUGACAUCAGGCAGGCAGCAAGUGAGAAGGCAGGCCUGUUGGGGCCCAAGCCACAGGACCCCAUUGUGCAUCAUUUGGGGGACCUGGUCAUUCCCAUGCCCCAUCCAGAUAGGGCCAUGGCUCCACCACUGACCAUGCCUUGUCCCGUGCCCUCCCCUAACUCCAACAUUGCCCAACCCUCUGCUCGAUGCAUCACUGGCACUUUUAACACCCCUUGUUGUAUUUAUUUAUCCUGGUAAUAAACUUUUCUGUAACACUUGGUGCCCUCUGGGCCUCUUGCUGACCUUGCCUGCCCACCUUUGCCUGGGUCCCAUUACUGACCCAGUUCUCCAAUACUGACCUCCAUCACCGGUCUGCUGCCCCUGACCCAGCAGCCUGCAUAUGGGCCUCUAGGAGAAGUGUCCAGAGCCUACGCUGCCCCACACUCCUCCAUGCUCCUCGGCUUAGUCACCUGGAUUCUUAUCUCCCCUGUGGCUUGCUCUUGACUUCAUGCAGGACUAGGCAGGAUGCAUACCCUGAGGGGGAAAAAAAUCCUUCCGAGGCUCUUUGGCCUAGGUAGGAAAGGUGUGUGAAAGAUCAGUCUUUGGAUGUGGGCCACCCAGAAAGGGGAUGUGACCAUGGGUGAGGCAGGGUUUUUUAGCUGAGUUCCCCAAGGGACCUUAUCCUGAAGACUGCUGCCAGGACUUGCAGCAGCAGGAGAGCCAUUCACUUUUCCUGAAGGGCGCUGGGUGCCACCUCACCACACUGACCACAUCUGCCACCCAGCAGCGAAGAUGACUCAGUGUCCACUCAGGUGCCCCCUGCCCUCCCUUCUACAUACUGACAGUGCUUACAGGGAACUCUGUGACACAUGGCAGGAGGCAGGACAAGCUGAAAAUGCUGGAAAGGCGACUCAGGAGGCUUCAGCCAACCACUGAUGGGACUCAAUGUAUAAAGAGCCUCCACAUCUUGCCCCUUGGAUGGGAGAGGACUAGUUGUACUCCACACUGGUUCCCAGGGGCCCCCGGUGGGAGUGAACAUCAGCGCCCACAGCAGCCAUCUGCUUGGCAGCCUGGCCCCCCCAGCUACCUUCUCUCUGUAGUCUUCCCCAUUCCUAGGGACCACUCUCCAAUAAUCUCCCUGCAAUUGAGUCCUUGUCUCACAGUUGGCUUCUGGGGAACCCACACCCAAGCACACACUUGCA